AUGUGGUAUGGGCCACAACCAACAAUUGUUGUUCACGACCCUGAACUCACAAGGGAGGUGACACCAGAGAUUAAUCUCUUUCAAAAGCCUCAUGCCGGUCAAUUUUUCACAUUGCUGGCGCCAGGACUGGUUAGCUACAAUGGAGACAAAUGGGCCGAAAACAGAAAACUUAUUAAUCCAGCUUUCCAUCUCGAGGAGUUGGAGGUUAAUCUGAUCUGGUUUAGAUUUUGUACCAAGACCAGUUGUCAAAGAAUUUCUAAGAACACAUUUGGCAGUGACUAUGAAGAAGGAAAGAGGAUAAUUGAACUUCAAAGAGAACUGGCAGAGCACUGUGUCCAAGCUCUAGCUUCAGUGUUUAUCCCCGGAUUGAGGUUCUUGCCAACAAAGAGGAACAGAAGAAGGAGACAAAUUGCCAAAGAUGUUGAGGAUUCGAUUAGAGAAAUUAUCAGUUUCAGAAUGAAUUCCAUCAGAGCAGGGGAAGCCUGUGAGGAUGACUUGUUGGGCAUACUACUUGAAUCCAGUUCUCAGGAAAUUGACAAUCAUGAAAGUAAGGACUUCGGUAUGUCUAUCGAAGAAGUCAUUGAUGAGUGUAAGCAGUUCUAUUUUGCAGGACAGGAGACCACCUCAGCACUGCUUGUGUGGACUAUGAUCUUAUUGAUUAGAUAUCCAGACUGGCAGGCACGAUCUAGGGAUUGUUGUCGUAACUUUUUGGUGAACUGUGUUUUUGUUCAGGUUCUUACCAACUAA